CGCCACCACCACUCACCAACUUCCCCUUUCCACAAAAUUCCAAUCUCAAAAACCCUAAAAACCUCCAAGGCCCACAGCCCCUCUCAACGGUCAAAAUCCUUUAUCCCCAGCCCAAUCGAAACCCCAACCCACCAACCCUUCCCUCCAUCUCUCGUUCCUCCUCUCCCCUCUUGUUCCCCCUUCCCCUUCCUCUCCCAACCAAGCGAAAACACCGAACAAAAGAGAAGAGAGGGGGUCUCCGAAAGCUCUAGAACCAUGUCCUGCUCCAAUCUCGCAAUGUGGGCAUCUCCCAGACCCUCGCUUUCCCCCGAUUUCGACUCCCUUUGUUCUCGCUCCCUCAUCUCCCCUUCCCGCCUCUCGCCGGCAUCGCCUUCGCCAUCUUCCCACCGCGCGCCGUCGACCGCCGUCCACUGCGGCCUCCGCGAGCUCCGCGAGCGCAUCGACUCCGUGAAGAACACCCAGAAGAUCACCGAGGCCAUGAAGCUCGUCGCCGCCGCCAAGGUCCGCCGCGCCCAGGAGGCCGUCGUCAGCGGCCGCCCCUUCUCCGAGACCCUAGUCGAGGUCCUCUACAACAUCAACGAGCAGCUCUUGACCGAGGACAUCGACAUCCCCCUCACCAAGGUCCGCCCCGUCAAGAAGAUCGCCCUCGUCGUCGUCACCGGCGACCGUGGCCUCUGCGGCGGCUUCAACAACAGCAUCAUCAAGAAGGCUGAGACCCGCAUCGCCAAGAUCAAGCGGCUCGGCCUCGACUACACCGUCAUCAGCGUCGGCAAGAAGGGUAACGGCUACUUCCAGCGCCGCCCCUACAUCCCCGUCGACCGCUUCCUUGAGGGCGGCAGCCUCCCCACCACCAAAGAAGCUCAAGCCAUCGCCGACGACGUCUUCUCCCUAUUCGUCAGUGAGGAGGUCGACAAGGUGGAGCUCCUCUAUACGAAAUUCGUCUCCCUCGUCAAGUCCGACCCCGUGAUCCACACCCUCCUUCCCCUCUCGCCCAGAGGUGAAAUUUGCGAUAUCAAUGGUGUGUGCGUCGAUGCCGCUGACGAUGAGCUCUUCCGGCUCACCACCAAGGAGGGGAAGCUGACGGUGGAGCGCGAGACCGUCCGGACCCCGACACCAUCCUUCUCACCUAUCCUUCAGUUCGAGCAGGACCCAGUUCAAAUACUUGAUGCUCUGCUGCCACUGUACCUCAACAGCCAGAUUCUCAGGGCCUUGCAGGAGUCGCUGGCGAGCGAGCUCGCCGCAAGGAUGAGCGCGAUGAGCAAUGCGACCGACAAUGCCAUCGAGCUGAAGCGGAGCCUGUCGAUCACCUACAAUAGGGAGCGGCAGGCCAAAAUUACCGGGGAGAUCUUGGAGAUUGUUGCUGGUGCUGAGGCCCUCUCAUAGUUUGGUUUGGUUUCUGGACUUCCUCUUCUGGCUCAUACUUUUGUUUCCACUGCUAAGUCUUAUUUUUGGCGGGUGUUCUUCAAUUCAUUCCGGUAAGCCUGUUUUAAGAAUGACUUUAUGAUGAUAGAAGUUGGCAGGACUCGGGAAAACUACUGUCAUAAGCUUUAUGAGCAACGGAAUUGUGGAUUCUAAAUGGAGACCGUAUCCUCCAAUUAUCACUGUGGUUUCUUCUUUUUCUUUUCUGCACUAAUGGUUGUCUGUAUAUUCUUUUGCGGUUACAGAUGUAUAAUUUCCUUGGAUUUGUUGAUUACAUGAGUCAUUAGGUAGUAAUGAAUUAUGAGAAUUUUUUGCAAGUUUUUAUUUAACCAGUAGUAAAUUUAGACUCUCUAAAUCGUUGAUGCUUACAUGUGAUUCAUUGUAAACGGGAAGUAUUGUGAGUUUGGACCAUUGCUUCAUGACCUUUUCCUUUGUUUUUUUCUGUCGUCUCUCAGAACAUAUACUCCAUAUGUUUUUAUGCAAUUAGAAACUAACUUGUGCUCUCGUCAA